GAGGUAAACAAAUAGAAAAAAGGUAAAUAUUGGACGAAAUUACAAAAGGUGGCCUAUAGAUGGACUUGCCACCGCGCACCCACCCAUCCUAUGGUGCCCCUGUGGGUUUUAUGGGACACAGCCCAUGUUCAAUGGCCGUAGUCCCUGCCAGGCCGGAAUACGACGGGUUCAUCUCCCCAUAGGCAAAACAGCUACCCAAGUGCGGCAGCUACAAGGCCUUGUUAAAGUCAGGAAAUUUGACCUCGGGGAAUUAUUAAGUUUGCGCUUGAAGCGACUUAAAUGGACGGGUUCCCUACGUGAACGACAUAGGCCACUCAGGGAUUUCGGCAAUAUAACCCCUGGCUGCUGUUGGCUACUGUUGGAUCCGUGUGGGCAUGCUCAAUUAUGCUGUGGGUCAGAAUAUGGGGAAUCCACAACUUACACUCGCACCCUUUCAUCUCGUCGUCCAGAUUUGCCGAAGAGACCCGCUUGAAAAUGAGCAUAUCCUCGAUUCUUGUACCAACUCCAAGUAAUUUUUCCAGCAAACUCGGUGGUCUCGAAUCUCUGUCGGAUCCACUGCUAGUUCCUCCACACAUCGCGAUAGGGUGUCGGCUACGACGUUCUCGCUUCCUUCCCUGUGCUCGAUGUUGAAGUGGAAUCUCUGGAGCCCUGAACCACCUUACCAACCGACCUGAGAGGUCCUUUAUAGACAUUAACAACUUCAGACUGGCAUGGCCCGUGAUGCACGUGAAUGGCGUGAAUAGGCUUAAACGACGGCCGGAACUUUUAGAUGGCCAGGGGGACCACGAGACACACUUUUUGGGUCACGAUGUAGUGAACCUGGUGUUUGUUCAGUUUCGCGGGUCGCUUGUCUGGACGCAUCUUUUUCGCCCUCAGAUCGUCCUCUUUUCCGCGCAAUCCGGACAUUUCGGAGAAACUUUGUCUGGCCUUCCGCAUCGGGAGCAGAACCUACUGUGUUCUGUUGCCGCGCAGUCACAAAACCCGUAGUCGACAGCCCGCUCAGAACGGAUUCCUGACCUUCGCACGCAACUCAUCCUCGCGGCCUCCAAAAUUGCGAUGCACCCCGCAGCACUCUUCCCUCAAUUCGUCCACUGUAAGCACAUCCAUUGCGUAGACGAAUCUUGCGAUGCUCUCUCAAGCCCCUUUUAAUAAUUUUCACCAUCUGUCGCUCUGACAGUAUUUUUUUUAAGCGAAAGGCUAACUGCUGCAUCGCACGGCUUCUUCCGGCUGCUGCUCCCUCUGCAGAAAUUUCUUCGGAAUCUAUCCAUCAGCGCGGCACGCAGCUGUCAUAGAGUAUAGAUUCUUACUCUAUGAUCUUGGUAAAAGUCGGAAGAAAGCUUUUCGGUCGGAAAAAAUUCGGCAUGGGGGAAGGAAGCACCUUUCUUAGGGAUCACAAAAACAUAUGCGAGCUUCCACUGCUCCAAAUAAUAUCGAUUUCCAUCAAUACUGUCAGCUUAAGGAGGAAGAAGUCUGUGUUCGCAUCGUAAAGCUUUUCUAAGUCAAUCAGUCCUUUAAAAAAUCGAUAAGCGUUGGAUAUGACAAGAAAGCAUCCUGCGUAAUCGUAACGCAGGCAAAGGCAUAAUUAGUUGGUAAGAACUUUUUCCUCGCUAUACUUAUUAUGUACAUAUGUAUAUAUGUAUGUAUAUCUCAGGAAUUUUUCAUCGGCAAACAACGUCUAACAUAGUCAGGCACCUCGAGGGGGCGAGCAGUGCAAGAGCAAAAUCAGAAACAGAGCCAAACACAGAAUGAAACAGGGAAGAUGGGUGGUGGGCGUAUCAUGUGGUCACCACGCAUUACAACAUAUGAACGACCAUUUCAGUUGGAUGUUGAGACCCAACAGAAAAAUCGACUUGGUUCAUUAUGCAAAAGCACGGCAGGAAAAGUAACGAGACCGAAGAAAAAUAGUGAAAAAGACAAGAUCGAAGUAAAAGCGCGACAAGUGAAAGACAAUUUCUGUUCCAAAAUUCUUUAUCGCACCAUUACAGGCUUAAAUUGACAAAGCUGAAGAGUCCAGAUAUGACAAGUGAUGCAAAUAUGCUUUCACAUUCGUAGGAAUCUUUUCUCGGGGAAACACUUUCCUUUGUGACUUCCACAGAUAAAAACGACGCAUUGCUGUUCCACGUUAUUCACGCUAUUCUUGUACCCAUCAGGAGAGGGAAACGAGUAUCUUCGGGAAGUUUAAAAGUAAAAUUUACAAUUCAAGACUCCCGAGAUAACUUUAUAAUAUACAAAAGCAACGUUGGAUAACUCAAAGAAUCUUAAAACCAAAACAGAUGAAUGCUACAAAAAAAAAACAAAACUUUGCAAGCAUUAAUUUUUUGCAUUGGAAAACAUUUUGCCUGAUAUUUUAAGUGGAGUAUCAGUGUGCUUACAAAUCUUUUUAGUUUUAAAUUUGAAUUACCCAGAUGAAUGCAGGACAUUCAUCCAACAAUAUUAUUUUUUACAAAUUUCCAAAAAACUUUGAAAAAUAUGCCAGCUAAAUAAGUAAUUUUAAUUUAA